AUGGUCAUCCCGGAACUCCUUCAGCUUCUUGAACGGCAAGCUCCUGCUGCUCCCGUGCAGUACCAAAAUGAAAACAAUUCAGGCGCUCUUUUAGCGGUGCAUGGCGCCUUCUGCGGUGCAGCCGUCCUGACCGUCCUGCUGAGGCUUUACGUCAGGAUAUUCAUGCUGAAGAGCCUAGGGGCGGACGACUACCUCAUGGUCGCAGCUGCGAUCUGCGAAAUCGGCGUCGUGAUCUGCUUUGUGGGAGAAAGCAAAGCCGGCGGCCUGGGGAGGCAUCCGGCGCUGGUCAGCCCAGACGAUUUUGCCCUCUUUUCACACUGGCGGUUUUUCCACUCGAUCAUCAUCAUGGUUGGUAUCAGUCUGGUCAAGAUCUCCAUCGCAUUCUUCCUGCGCCGAUUCGUGCAGGGCCAAGUCUACCGACGUUUCCUGAUGGGCUGCAUCGUCUUCCUCGUCGCGUUCACCAUCUCCUGUGCCGGAACGUUGAUUUUCAACUGCGGCACGAGGGUCGACGCCAAUUGGAACUUCGCACUCCGCGCAAAUGGACAGGCCAAGUGCUUCAGCAAUACUACAUUCACCAACAUCGGGAUCUUCAACAGCAGCAUCAACAUUGCGACCGAUGUGCUGUUCGCGCUCCUGCCCAUCCCCGUCGUGUGGAAGCUCCAGGCAAACCUGCGGACGAAGCUCACCCUGUGUUUUGUCCUGAGCUUGGGUAUGUUCGCCUGCGUCUCGAGUAUUAUCAAAACAGUCAAGCAGGCACAUGCGCUCCAGGAUCCUGACUGGACAUAUCAUGACUCAUUCUUCAUGUGGAACAACAUUGAGUUCAACAUCGGCAUCCUUGCAGCGUCAUUGCCUGCGCUACGACCACUUUUUGUAAAGAUCCUGGGCGGAACGGCAAGAUUCACGUCGAACAACAGCCGCAGCCCCGGCCACUAUUACGAUGCUGACGGCCUCGCCUACGGCAAAAGCAAGACCGACAAGCGUUCUGUCCGCAAGCCAGCAAGUCAGUACUAUAAGUUCGGCUCGCGGCAAUCGACGGAGCUAGAGGACCUGCGGCGCGGGGCCGGCACAAAAUUGGGAGGCUUCACCAGCACGGUGACGGCGGGUGAUGACAACAGCGACAAGAUCAUGUUGGAAGACGAAUUCCACGCCGUCAGCACCGACACCGACAAUCAGUGGACGGCAAGCCCACCCAACGGCACCAUUACGAAGACUACAACCGUCCGUGUCUCGGAGUUCUAA